AUCAAAAAAUGGCCCUGAAUUAGAUGGUUGGUAAAAUGUCUUAACAUUUUUAAAUGAACUCAUUGCCUUUGGGUGCCCCCCUCAUCUCCCAAAGAGAAUGUAGGACAGGUUGUGCCUGCAUAGGGAAUCCUCCUGUCAUCUCUUAACCAUUGGCUCAGAUUUCCAUGUCAAAUUCCCCUCUAGUGACACUUGCAGUGUAAAUUUAGCCAACCUAUAUAUAAAGACCCACAUACGACUCCGCGGAUAUCAUGUUUUUUAGUACAGUUAGUUCUUUGUGGUAUUUCUAUUUGGUGUAUUGCGUUCAUUGCAGUAGGAAAGUAAUCUUGAUCUAUAAACACAGAUUGACAUUGGCUUGUUUUUUUCCCCCCAUUCCUUUCGAUCGCUCCACCUGAUGUUCAAAAUGGCAGCGGGACUGCAGUCCACAAUAGUUCUGCCUGCUGCUGUUGACGAUUUUCAGUCUCAACGUUUUCAACGGCAAGGACCUCCUACUUCUCAUAAUGUCGUCAUUUAGCCUUGCCCAGAAAAAAAUCAAUGGGGGGAGAAAAUCGGAGGAAAACAAGCCCAAUCUAACAGCCAGCUUAGCCCAAGCCGGCUUUUUAUUCGGGCUUCAUUCUUUUUCGGUCCCGGUGAAAGUAGGAGAUGAGGGGACUCCUGCGGUUUUACCGGGCUCUGAACGCCCUGUAUAACCGACAAGUCAGGCGAAGAGCUGGAUUUGCCGGUUCUCAGUGCGGGCUUAGCGGAACCGUGUCUGAUAGCAAGCCACAACCACGUUUUGGCCUGCUGUUUGACAUUGAUGGUGUUCUUGUCCGGGGAAAGAUGCCUAUUCCUGCUGCAAAAAAGACCUUCCAAAAACUGGUCAACUCUCAGGGACAAUUUGUGGUACCAGUUGUUUUUGUUACAAACGCAGGGAACUGCAUGCGGCAGACGAAAGCGGACCAGCUCUCACAUAUCCUGGGAGUGCCUAUUGCCAUGGACCAGGUAAUCAUGUCACACAGUCCACUGAGAAUGUUCACAAAGUACCAUGACAAGUGUGUUCUGGUAUCAGGACAAGGACCAGUCCUGGAUAUUGCCAAAAACCUUGGCUUCCAGAAUGUGGUCAGUAUUGACAUGCUGAGAGAGUCCUUUCCACUGCUGGAUAUGGUUGACCACAACAGACGACCCAAAGUACCAUCCAGUCCUAUUGCCAACCUUCCCACCGUAGAAGCUGUUAUUUUGUUCGGGGAGCCCAUUCGAUGGGAGACCAACCUCCAGCUGAUAAUUGACAUCUUGCUGACCAAUGGGAACCUGAGCGGAGCCCACCACAGUCAGAAGCAGCCCCACCUCCCCCUGCUGGCCUGCAACAUGGACCUAAUGUGGAUGGCCGAAGCCCAGUCUCCACGGUUUGGUCAUGGGACGUUCUUGGUGUGCCUGGAGAACAUAUAUAAGAAGAUUACUGGUAAAGAGCUGAAGUAUGAGGCCCUGAUGGGGAAACCCAGCGAACUGACCUAUCACUUCGCAGAGUUUCUUAUCAGAGCCCAGGCUGUGGAGAGAAACUGGACACAACCCAUCACCUCCCUCUAUGCUAUUGGGGAUAAUCUGAUGACUGACAUCUACGGGGCCAACCUUUACAACCGACAUCUGGAGGAGAGGAACAGGAGGAAGAACUCCAAAGUUGUGGCUAAGAUGGCCACCGGGACAGGCUCCAGCGCAGCCCUGCCACAGGACAACGACCACGCCGAGAACGCUUGGGAGAGUGAGCUGGCUCCGCCCUCCGCCACCACCUGCAAGUCCAUCCUGGUUUGCACUGGGGUGUACAACCCCCACACGGAGGUGCCCACCGAUGCUAACCAGUGCAUCAAGGAGACUGUGUUCCACGGGCAUCGCGACUUCCGCUUUGACCCAGCGCUGGUGGAGCCUGGGCACAUCGUGCAGGACGUGGCUGACGCCGUGGAGCUCAUCUUUGAGCAGGAGAAGUUUGCGCCUCAGUGACGUUCUCCGCAGAGAUCUUAAUAGGCCUGUGCUGGCCAUAGAAUUCUUGAUGAUUCUAUUCAAAUUCUAUGGCUGAAAGGAUAAAGGAGUCCUGAAAGGAUAAAGGGCAGAUCCAACUGACUGACAAUUAUCCAUUUGUCCUGUGUUGUCAAUUGUUUUGCAUGAUAAAAUGGACAUGGAAAGCCCCUUGGUUUUAAACUGGGAAACACCACAUACUCAGUCAUUUUGACUUCUAAGGGCAUUGAAGGAACAAAACAGAGGUCACAUUUAAACUCAUAACAGUGGAGAAUACUGUAGUGAGAUUUAAUUUAAUUUCUAUUCCUUUUUUUUACAUUGUUUUAUAGGGGUUAACGUUAAGCACAAUUACCCACUUAUGUAAUGGCAUGUUAUUUUUAUUCAAUAGUAUUAACACAUUCUCUUAGUUGCUAUUAUGUAUAAAGAUUAUGAAAAUAUGUUAGAUGGUUAAUUUGAUUCGUUGUCUUAUUUAUCUUCGUGACUACUAUAAAUAUUUGUAUUAGUAUGAUUUCGACUUGCUGAGACUGACCACAUUUCUGUAAGCCUGUUACAUCUGUCCAUGCAUUUCAUGAUAUAGAUUUAAUGCAUUAUACUGUACUGUAAGAUUACAUAAUUAUGUAGGCUGCAAUACCGUCCUUCAACAGUGCUGUCUACUUUAUUUCUAGCAAUGUUAACUGUAAACUUGUAUUUGCACAAAACAAAAUCAAUUCUUUGUCAUUUAAUAUUACCAUAUGGGCUAGUAAUCUUGCCCUUAGUUGUAAAUGUAUCACUUGUUGUUGACAUUAGAACCUUUACUGCAGAGGCAAAGACUACACCUAGCCAUUUAUAUUUAUAUUAAAUAUAUAAAUAUAAGAAAAGGUAUUUUUUAAAUGGUGGAUUAGCCAAGCAUUUUAGUUGUGUGUUACAUGUUUUAUAAGAUGUUGUCAACGUCAGUAUUGCUUGUUUGAUUGAAGAUAGUUUAGCUUAAAUAAAGAGAAACAUUUACCUAUUUUUCAGUGCUGAAGAUUAACAGAAUUACUUUGUUUACAUGAAAACAGACGUAAUAGAAAUUAAAACCUGUUUUAGUUUUUGCCAUCCUACUGGUUUUGUUUCUGUCAUGCACAAAAUGUCAGUUUCACUCUUGUCUACAGUGUUUGCAGAUUGGAUGAAGGUAAAAAAAAAAAUGAAAUGUGCAUAAACAACAUGAACAGGGACAAAGCAAACUUCUAUUUGAAUUAUGUCAAAGAUUUCCUGCUGACAUGCUGGCCACUCCCAAACACGCUGAGAGAGACAGCUGAGGGUAACUUGUCUAGGCAAAGCCCCUGGGUGAUAAAUACUGUUGAAAUUAGCCCUCCCUAUUCUCCAAGUGUAGAAUUGGUGUUAGCCAAGUAGAUCUACAAUGGUUAUUGGUCACAUUGAAUGGUUUUCAUUGACCAGAAGCAACAACGGAGUGGAUCUUGAAAAUAGCUGUGUUAUUUGGUAACACUUUAUAUUACAGCUGAUUACUGACAUGGUAAUGACUCAUGAUAAGAGAGUAGAAAAUAGUGGACAAAAUAACUUUGUCAUUGAAGAUACAAUGCAAAAGAUACCAGGAAGUACCAUUUGUAUACCAUAUUUCUCCUAAAUAUCAACAGGGCUGUUAUAUUACAGCUGAUUACUGACAUGGUAAUGACUCAUGAUAAGAGAGUAGAAAAUAGUGGACAAAAUAACUUUGUCAUUGAAGAUACAAUGCAAAAGAUACCAGGAAGUACCAUUUGUAUACCAUAUUUCUCCUAAAUAUCAACAGGGCUGUUCAACUGUUUUUCCAUGACCAGUUUUAAAAGCAUACAAUUAAAGGCUUGAUUUAAUAUGGAAGACAUGCACUCUCAGGACUGAAAUGUCAGUGCUACGAACUGAAUCAAACUCUCAAUAAAAAGGUGACUGC